AUGGUCUUCAAAAUUUUGCUCUUCUUCUUCGCCAUUCUAUUUGUUAUUACAAAUGUUUCAGCGGAUGAGUUUGAGAAAAAGGCCAUGAAGCCAAAGGUUUACGAUGACGAGAAAAUUCCAAGAAUUGGGUCGUCAGGAGUUGGAAGGGGAGGUGGACGUGGACGUGGAUACGGAGGUGGAGGGGGAGGUGGAAGUGAUGGGAAGAGAGGUUCGUCGAAUGGGGGCGAAAAGCCAACACCCGAAAGACCGUCCCCUAAGCCAACACCGUCACCGUCGAAGCCUCCACCAAAGUCUCCGCCAUCAAAGUCUCCGCCCCCCAGGUCACCGCCUAAUUCCCCGCCCAAGUUUCCACCGCCCAAAUCUCCACCGCCAAAAGCACCUUCCAAGUCUCCGCCCCCGCCCCCGCCCAAGUCUCCACCGCUUAAAGCACCUCCCACGUCUCCGCCCCCACCCAAAUCUCCACCGCCGAAAGCACGUCCCACGUCUCCGCCCCCGCCCAAAUCUCCACCGCCGAAUGCACGUCCCACGUCUCCGCCCCCGCCCCCGCCCAAGUCUCCCUCUCCCAUAUCUCCACCACCAAAUGCACCUCCCACGUCUCCGUCGCCCAAAUCUCCGCCGCCGAAGACACCACCACCGAAUGGUCCGUCGCCUAUGUCACCACCGCCAAAUGCUCUGCCGCCACCAGAUGCUCCUUCGCCACAGGACGAGGAACCACCCAUAACUGACUACUACACUUCACCAGUAGAUGAAACACUGAUGCCGACAGAUCCCAAACCUUCUCCAGAAGAGCCGCCAGCGCCGGAUGACGGCGACGACGACUCUCCCUUACCUCCAGAUGAUAACUUACCGACUCCAACCACUCCAGCAUUCAAUACUCCUAGUGACCAGCCAGGCCAGCCAGGCCAGCCAUGGCCAACCGAGGGACGACCGCACCAAGCUCAACAUGAUCAUACAGAUUAUUGCCAAGGGGAGUGUAAACCGAGGUGUGAGGUUGAUAAUGCUGAAAAGGGGUGCCUGGCGGACUGCGUGAGAAAGUGUUGUGACAACAACGGCUGUGUUCCACCACCAGGACCUUAUGACGACGACAUAGAGAGUUAA